AUGAAUAAUAAUAAAGGGAGAGAGUGUGUUCAACAACUUGGAACAGCAGGGAACAUGCCCCUUGAAUACCAGAAUGCAAUAGAGCAAGGGACGACCACUAUGGGGAAGAGAAGUGACAUCGAAGGGGGUUCGAAGGUGAACCAGGGACAUAGAGUAGCGGCUGUGGAGUUCUCAGUGAGAACAACUGGUAAGUCAAUGCACAAUAGGAAAUGA